AUGGUGGGUGCCGGCGGUCGCGGCGCGGAGCAUGGAGCUGAUCAGCGUGCAGAGCUGGUAAGUGGCGACAGGUAUGAGGGGAAGGUGCGGGCCUUCGAGGUGCUGGCGAGGGGAGCAGCGCAGGAGCCCGAGGGCUGGCGGCGUGGUGUGGCCGGGGUCCGGGAUGCCGUCAGCGAGGAGAAGCAGAAGGUGAAGGAAGAUAGGAGGAAGAAGCUUGAGACACUCAACAACUCCCGGGUGCGGCUGGAGAGUCUCCAAGACCUGGAGGCGAUCGUGAGGCUGCGGAAGCAGAAGAGGAGCCGAAAGAGGGUCCGCCCCAAGGAGCCUGAGCCCGAGUCCGAGCCGGCUGUGCCGGCCGACCCUGUGGACGCUGCCCGGUUCCUGCAGGCGGUGCUGCAGAAUCAGGUUCCCAUUAUUGACAAGUACCUGGCAGACGGUGGGGACCCCAAUGUUCACGACCAGUUCAGGUGCACGGCGCUGCACUGGGCCUGCCUCCGGGGCCAUGCAGAGAUCGUGGACAAGCUGCUGGCGGCUGGAGCCAGGCUGGAGCCCAGGGACACGCUGGAGGCCACGCCUGUGCUCUGGGCCUGCCGCGGGGGACACCUGGACAUUCUCCAACGCCUGCUGGACAGAGGAUCCAAGAUCUCCACACGGGACAAGCUGAGGAGCACGGCGCUGCACGUGGCCGUCCGGACGGGGCACUGUGACUGCGCUGAGCACCUGAUCGCCUGUGGGGCUGAGAUUGAUGCACAGGACAAGGAGGGGGACACGCCCAUUCACGACGCCAUCCGGCUGGGCCGCUUCAAGGCUGUGAAGACCCUGCUGAUGUAUGGUGCCAACCUCAGCAUCCGGAACCAGGAGGCCUUGAGACCCAUGGACCUGGUGAAGGACUGGCAGAGGGGCAUCCGACAAACCUUGCAGGCGUGUGCCAACCGGCAGCACCCCCCUCGGCCACACUGACGCAACAGGAUCAGCGUUCAAUCCCCUCCCCAACCAGUGACCACUGGGGGGUCUGGGUGCCACCCUGGUGCCCUCUCAGGCUGUGCUCAUCCCUACAUGGCUUUCAUACCUGGCCAGGGUAUUUGGCCACCUGUCCUUGGGGAGGCCUGCAGGUGGUGAGGUUUGACCCUGACACUCACCUAUUCCUGGUUGUAUGGGGAUCUCUCUUUUCCUGGAGCUGCCCCUUGGCCAGGGGAGGCCCUGGGGGAAACUGAGGCAUGGAGGGACUAAGACUUGCCCAUGGCCACACAGCCAGUUAGUGGGAGAGCGGGAGAUGAAUGCAGGAGUCCUGCUAUUUCACCCCCCACUCCAAUCACGAGGCACCAUCUCCCCCUGGCCCACACCACAAGGAGAGGAACUGCUCCAGGGUCUGAGCAGACCCCCUCCUCCUUCUGGGCCGUGGCCUGGCCCCCUCCCCUUUCUGGGGAGGCAAGCCCUGUGGCCUUCCUGAGGUGGUGCUGGAGGGAACACUGUUCCCCCCUAGGGGCAGGCACCUGCUGCACCCCAGGGUGAGCCCGAGUGCAGGGAGAGGCUGAGCCAGCCCUGGGGGUAGAACAUGGUGCAGUGAGAUGGGGCAGCAGGGCUGGGCCUAGACCAGAACAGCUUCCUGGCUGAUGGAGGCAGGCGGCUUGCCUGGUCUGGCCUUGGCCAUCUCAUGGUCAGUCUGUGCCCCGGGCCAACUUCUGGCCAUGGCUGUCCCCUAAGGGUGUGGAGGCCUGGCCCCCAACCCCCUCAGUGGCAGGGCCUGGUGCCUGAGGGGCUCCUGCUGCUCCUCCCCCCAGCCCCUCACCUCUGCCCAUGGCCAAAGAGGCAGCUGCACCCAGCCUCCUGUAGCUGUGAGGGCAGCCCCUGGCCCCCAGCAGCCUGGCUGUGCGAGCCCCUGGCUACACGUGUCCCCUGGGCUCAGGCCCCACACAGCAGCGAACAGCAGCAGGGUAGGACAUGGCUAACAGCUGGGUGGGGGGGAGAGGUGCCCCCCCUCACAGCCUGACACAGGACAGGCACGGCCCCCUUUGUUCCCCUAGCCCCCGGGAGCGCUGCUGGCCUGGGAGGAGCUGAGCUGGUUGAUACCUGUGGGGGAUAUGGAGGCUGGGAGCCCAAUGAACACGAGACCUUCCAGCCAGUUUGCCAGAACCCAUCAGCAGCACACCAUCUUCCCUGACCCCUGCCUACCCAGCAUGGUCCUGGCCCUUCCCCAAGCCCUAGGGGGAAAGUGCCCAGGCUAAGCAGGAGAUGGUCCUGCUUCUCUGCUACUGGCCUUGAGUGAGUCCUGGCUCCUCCCUCAGUUUCCCUAUAUGUAAAAUGGGGCUAACAAUGAAUGGAGCCAGCUUCUGGGAACCCCAGGUUCAUGCCUAGCCCGUUGGGCAGCUCUCGGAGCCACAGCCUGCCCCCUCAGCACUGCAGGUCAGGCUGAGACCACCAGGAAGCUGCUGUGGCUGGAGCAUGGCCCCUAUGCCCCCUCUUACACUGGCACGGGCAGCACAUCUCCCCCCACCAGAACUGGUACCCAGGUGCGAAUGGAGCUGGAUGGACUCACACUCUGGGGCAUCAACCCUAGGAGGGUGCCUGCAACACUGGUGUAGCACAGACAGCAGUGGGGGCUUGGUGCAGGGCUUGCGCCUCCCUCUUGCCUGGCACCAGUGCCCUUAGCAGGGCCACCAGCAGGUAGGGGCUCUAGCUCCCUACUGGGAGGGUAAGGAACCCUGUGCCCAGGGCUGGGGGAGUGAGGUUAGAGGAGAUGCUCCUGACCCCUGCCUAAGACUACAGCUUCCUGUGCCAGUCACUGCCUGGAGCAGCCCCACCUGUGCCCCAGUACUGCUAGGAUGGGCACAGGCCAGAGCAGGUACAAGUGACAAGGCAGCAGCAGGUACAGCUGGGGAUCUGCCCUAGCCGCAGCCCCCAGCUCACUGCAGAGCAGGCUCCAGGCCUGCAGGUGCCCAGCCUGGCCCCCAGGCGAGUGAAUAAAGCUCCUAUCCAA